AUGGUGUCGACGGGCGAUCCGUGGACCCCAGAGACGAGAGAGAAGUUUGAGAAGAAGGACCGCAGUGCAUAUCUAGACCCGUGCCAAGAGGCUGCCGCCCGGAGUAUACGAUGCCUGCACCGGAAUAAUGGCGAUCGGACGAUGUGCUCGGAUUACUUCCAGGCGUAUAGAGAUUGCAAGAAGGCUUGGCUCGAGCAGCGCAAGAAGGAAAAGAAGGGUUGGUUUUCGUGA